AUGGUCUCACACGCCGCCGCCAUCGACGCGUCCAUGGCGUUCGACCCCAACCUGCCGGCCGAGCUGCACCGCGCCGUGCCGCGCGAGAUCGCCGACACCAUGUCACCCUUUGCCCGCGGCGCCGGCUUCGGCUUCGGCGAAGACGUCCAGGUCGGGCGCGCGAUCCUCGCCGGCCGACAGGCGCCCGACGACUGCGCCCUCAAGCUCGAGGGCAGAGACUGCGUUACAUACGGAGCAAUUGAAGCUGCUUUCCAAGAAGCGGUUGAACGUACGGCCUUGGAUCUGCCCCGCGGCGAAUGGCUGCCACCAAACGUGGGUACCGUCGGGAGUGCCAUCCUGAGGGCUUCCAUGAGCAUAGCGAGGAGGUACGAGAUGACGCAGUACGAGAUCGAGUACGUGCUGCCGCGGGCCGACACCCUGAGCACGUCCAUCGCCAACGUGUGUCCCGACUUCGUCACCCCGAUCCAGUGCCACCCGAAGCGGUACCGGCGCAUCGACGGCCUCUGCAACAACGUCCGCUUCCCCAACUGGGGCGCCACGCGCCGCGUCUUCCAAAGGCUGCUGGAGCCGAACUACAUCGACGGCAUGGGCCUGCCGGCGAUGAACCAUCUGCCCAGCCCGCGUCUCGUCUCGGUCGGCGUUCACCAGGACAGGGAGCUGUUCGACCACGCCUCUACGCUCAUGCUGAUUGCCUGGGGCCAGUUUUUGGACCACGACAUGACGUUGACUUUCACCAGGCCCGACGAGCGGACCCUGAACGAGCCGGAGGACUGCUGCCGCGGCUCGGGCCCCGAAGACUGCCUGCCCAUCGGCGUCCAGCGCAACGAUCCGUUCUACUCCCGUCACGGCGUCGACUGCAUGGACUUCGUGCGCUCCCAGCCGGGCGUGAGGCAGUUUUGCCGACUCGGAUCUCGGAUUGGGUUCAACGUGCUGACAUCUGUGAUUGACGGCAACACGGUGUACGGCCAGACGCACGAAUCCUCCAGCGUGCUGAGGAUGUUCGAGGGAGGGAAGCUGAAGUCGUACCUCCCGGAGCACUUUAAGCAGCAUAACAUGCUGCCGCUGCUGCCCCUGCGGUUUGAACAUCAAGACGAGGGAUGCAUUCGAGACCAUCCGGGCCAGAGGUGCUUCCUUGCAGGAGAAAUUCGUGUCAACGAGCAGCUUGUGCUGAGUACGAUGCACCUCUCUUGGUUCCGGGAGCACAAUCGCAUCUGCGACAUCUUGAGAGAUCUCAACCCACACUGGGACGACGAGAAACUGUAUCAGGAAGCAAGACGGAUAGUCGUCGCCUGUAUUCAGCACAUCACCUAUGACGAGUUCCUGCCGAUGCUGUUGGGGAAGACGGUGAUGAAGGAACACGACCUUAUCUUGACCGAUCACGGCUACUGGGACGGCUACAACGAGUACGAGGACCCCAGCAUAACGCUGGCCUUCAUGACUUCCGCGUACCGGUUCGGUCACAGCCUACUACCGUCGACGGUUGAGCGCUGGAGCCCCAACCACAAAUACAUCGACGAGCGGGAUCUCUCGGAUCUGAUCCGGAAGCCGUUCGACCUGUACAAGCCCGGCGCCGUGGACGAGUACAUUCUAGGCCAGCUCAACCAGCCGGCCAUGGCCAUGGACUUUGCCGUCACUGAAGAGGUGACCACCAUGCUCUUCAGACAGCCGAACGUCGGCCACGGCAUCGAUCUGGUGUCGCUGAACCUGCAGCGAGCCCGCGAGAUGGGCGUGCCCGGCUACAUGCACUACCGCAAGUGGUGCGGCUUGCCCACCGCCGACUCCUUCCUCGAGCUCACCAACUUCGUCAGCAACCACACCGCAGCCGCGUAUGCGCAGUUGUACAAAUCGCCCUGGGACAUUGACCUGUUCAGUGGCGGCAUAUCGGAGCGGCCGCUGCCGCACAGCAUGGUCGGGCCCACGUUCGCCUGCAUCAUCGGAGCGCAGCUACACAAGCUGCGGCACGGUGACCGCUUCUGGUACGAGCUGGGCAACCAGCCGUCCUCUUUCACUCCAGAGCAACUCGAACAGAUUCGUCGAGUUCAGCUGUCCAGGGUUCUAUGCGACAACACGGAUCUUAUAAAAACGAUACAAGUGUAUCCACUGGUGCUACCUGACUACGAAGUAAAUCCGCGAGUCCCUUGCGACAGCGGCGUGAUCCCAAGACUGGACUUCAGCUACUGGAAGGAGAUCCUGCCCUGAAGCUUCACCGACCGGCCGCCAGAGGCGCUGAGUGCCGGCCGCUCUGGCUCAGGCUGCCGUUGGGGUGAUCGAGGGCGCCGCUGGUGCCGUGGCGGGAGAGGCGCAGCAUGAGCCGCGCGCGGGAGAUGUGUGCAGUGCUCUCGUGCGAAGUACGGCCCCCAUGCUGCGCGGAUCUCCGCGAAUAUUGACGGGAUCAUAGGCGCGCGAGGUCAGCGGAGGACAAGGUCGUGUUUUUGUGACUGCGCUGGUCAUGCUGUGAUUGCAACACGUUGCUGCACUGAAAACAAAUUGUCCGACAUACUGGCUUGGUUUCCGGGUGUUCAUGACGGAGGUCGCGAAUUUGUUGCUUGCACUCUUCGAUUGCGUUCAUGGCAAGCUUGCGUUUUGUGUAUUGCUGGUUACCAGACCAUGCCUGCGAAAAUGGCAGCUUGUCUUCAGUGGAAAUAAGUAUUUUAAUAAUGCUGCCGGUGGAUGAUAUCCAAAUAUCAGCUCUCGACUGCGGGCGUACCAUGCGCCAUAUUUGCCCGUCGAGUGAGAGAAACGACAUAGCUUUGUUAUAGUGCUGUAUGCUUGCCAUCAACAUAAUAUUCGCUGACAGUUGAAAAUAAAU